AUGUGCAGAUGGUUUGCUGUGGGAGGUGGCGGCAAGGGGAAGGGCCUCCGGAAGGCGAAGCAGGAGUUCGGGCAGACGGCUGCCGACGCGCCGGUCUCCAUUCUCAAGGGCGAGCCGAAUCCGCAACUGCUGCCUGACGACCAGUACCCCGACUGGCUGUGGACCCUCCUCGAUCCCAAGCCCACACUCACUGAGCUGAAAGCCAAGGAGCCGGACCUGACCGUGAAGGAGCUGAAGCGCAUGAUGAAGCUCAUGAACAGGCAGCACAUCAAAGACAACAACGUUGCCGGGAAGAAAUAA